CCGCGUCACUCGCGCAACACAACAGAGCGAGUGAAACUUCAGAUUUAAAAAUCAAAACACAAGAUCAAAUGUAAAGACGGCGUUGUGUGUGGCAGAAACUGUGAGAUACAAGAACGCGCUCAUGAGUCAACCAGAGGGAUGGAGCACUUCUCUAUCUGGGGCUGAUAAGGAGGGUUCCAGUGAGAGGACCACACCCAUUUCAGCAGUAGCUCCAGAGGCUGAUUCCAAUCAUGAACAACCCGCUGUCAUAUCAACAAACCCAGCCCUGCAGUGCUUGGACCAGCUUUUCUCUGUUGGCAAGAUCAGUGGAGCGAAAGUGGCUCGUCUUAGGGCUAGUUUCAGCCUCUUGCAUCAAACUCUACAAAGUUCUCAGGAGUCAGAAAUGCGUCUGCUGCAGGAGGCGAAAGCCUUCCGCAGUAAGCUGGAGCAGCAGAGACAGGAGCUGGAGAAGGCAGAGUUGUUUCCUGAGGUGCCAGACACAGAGGUCAGCUGCAUGAAACAGAAGCUUCUGCACUCCUACAACCAGCUAAAGGAGGCUGAAGAGAGAGAUUACCACUUGCAGUUCCAGCUUGAGUGUCUCAAAGAGGAAAAGCUUUGUCUUGAGAAAGAGUAUCAGGAGCAGCCUAAACCAGCUGAGCUGGAGGGUAGGUACAUGGCCCUGAACGAAAGCUGUGAGGAGCUGAGGAAAGAGGUGGUCCAGCUCAGGCAGGAGGUGAGGACUUUAUCUGAGAGCAUGGAGACUCAUCAGAAACAUAUGGAGAAAGAGCAACGCGAACUGGAUGAGCUAAAAUACCUCGUUGAGAACAAUGAGGCUGAGCUGGCUCAGGUGCUCCUUAUACCUGUUCAAUUAGGAAAGGAGAUCGACAGGGUCACCCACAGAAAAACGGAGCAAGAGAAGCAGGUGGCAGUAUUAGAGACACAGCAUAUAGAACACAUGAAGGACCUUCAAAGGAUGGAGGCAAGGUCCAAAGAGGUAAUGGAUGCCAAAAGGGAGGUGGCCAGAGAACUAGAAAGCCACAGGGCUCAGCUGGUGGCUGCACAGACAGAGCACGACAGACUUCUCAAAGAGCUGCAAAUGACUAAGGAAAAAGAGGCCAUCCUUAUGGACCAAAGGGGUCUGCUGGACAUAAACCUGGAGCAGAUUGUGUCUGAGUGCAAGUCUCUGCAUGAUAAACUGGGACGGGACACAAGGGUGAAAGACAAACUUAUGCGAUCCCUAAAGUGGAAUGAGCUGCAGCUGAAUCAGGCCAGAGACUCUCUCGCUCACACUCAACAACUGCAUGACAGAACCCAAGCUCAGAGGGAUUUAAUCCCAGAGGGUAACUACCUAUUACAGAGAAGAAUGGAUCUGGAAAAUGAAGUGGAGAAUCUGAAACGCAGUUUGAUUAGCAAGCAGUCUAUGGCAGGGCUGAAGGUCCAGCUGGCUGAAGAGUAUUUGGAGCAGGAACAGGCUCUGAUUAGGGAGUCCCAUCGCCGUAGGGACGAGCUUCAUCACCUUCAUCGUCUCAUCCUCAUCAAAGCAGACGAAAGAGAGCAGAAGAGCCACGAGGUGCUCAAAGCACAGCUAAAAUAUAAGCGUGCCAAGCAAGAUCUACAGGGGAAAGGACUGGUUAUUCAGGAACACAAGAAACAGCAUCAAGAGACUCAGUUAAGGCUGAGUGUGUUGGCUAAGCUGUACGAAGUUACCAAAGGCGAGCGGAACAAGUACAUGACCCUUAACCACAUCUCAAACCAGAACCUGGCUGAGGCAAAAGAGAUGCUGGCUAAACUGCAGGAAGAUCUUAAGAUGCUGCAAUCAACUGCUAUCAACAAAGACAAGCUGCUGCAGAAGUCUCGUCUGCAACACUCUCACAGCUACAAGCUCAGAGAUCGUAUGAAGAAUGAGAUCUCAAAGGUGUUCCAGGUUUUGCAGGAAAUGCAUCAGAAACGAGAGGAGCAGAAGCUGAAUAUCGGCAAGCUCACGCACACAAUCAACAUGCAGGAGCAAAACCUGUUGCAUUUGCGCAAGAACUACGAGGCCGCUGUGCAGGGACGCAAUGAAAGGGGUGUGCAGCUUCUGGAAAGGGAGCAGGAGUUGUGUAUUUUUUACGACAAGCUAAAUAUUUUGGAGGGUCUGAUGCGACAUGGCAACAUGAUGAUGCAGAACAUGGAGGAUGACAUCAGCAGCCUGAAGAUUCACCAGAAAGAGCAGGACAGACAGAUCAGCCUGCACAGGAAACAGCUGCCCUGCAAACUGGCCCUUCAAGAAGAGAGCAUUCUACUACAGAUACAGCUGUCUGAGAGUAAAGACAAAGUGAUAGAGCUAGAAAAGACUUUGGUCCAGGACAGAGAGGGUAAAAUAAGAAAGCUGAGUGGAGAAGAUCCGACUCCUGAGGAGCUCAUCAACAAGAUUGAACAGUUAGAGGUGCACCUAGUAGAUAAAGAGGCUCAGCUCUUGGAAAUGGAACUGGUGUAUGAGCAGGUUACGCGCCUCUCGCAGCGUAUCCAAACCAAAGCUGAGAACGGUAAAGAAGACACGCUGCAUCUGGCCAAGAAACUAAACGAGUUACAGGCCCAGAUCAGAGAGCGCACUCGUAAAAUGAUGGCAGUGGUAGCGGAGCUGUCCAUGCGGCAGGCGCAGUCUAUGACCCUGCAGAAUGAGAUGAAAGAAAAGGAACUACAGCUGGACUUGUGUCAUCAGCGUCUAGAGCAGGGCCUGCCUCCCUCAGACACCAUAGAGCAGGAGUGGCUGCGAUGUCUCCGAGAUCAGAACAGACGCCAGGCUGAUGCAGAGAAAAAAGCCAGGCUGGCAGAAGAAGAGGAGUGGAGCCAGCUUCCGAAUGGUGUUUACACCACAGCUGAGCUUCGACCCAACGCUUACAUACCAGCUGACGAUCAUUUGCCUGUGCCCAAACACUAUGGAGCCCUGGCCCCCUUCAAACCCACCGAACCUGGUGCAAACAUUCGCCACAUCCGCAAACCAAAGCCCAAACCUAUUGAGAUCUAGAGAGUGAGUCCCCCCACUUUAAAUCACCAGCAAACUGAUGACACUUGCAAUAAAAACAUAAAAGUCCAGAUGUGCUCCCAUGCCUAAGAAAUCUGGUCAAUUUCCUUAGAACAAGUGAUGUUAACAAAAGAUUUGAUUGUCAUAUGGGUCUAAUUUCAGUGCAGAGCUCUUUCUCAUCAUUCCAGUGAAGUUCUUGCUGUUAGGAUGCGGGAAUUAAAAUCUGCUAGAGCUGUCGGAUGGGAGAGAAGUUACACAUAAUGCUAUGCCCUCUGGAGCCAUGCAGAGCCUAAAGGAUAAUGAGAAUAAACAACGAAGUAAAAUAAAAACAUUUAAAGUUCAACUCUCUCGUUUGCAUACCAAUGCUUACAGUCCUGUCUAACGCUGCCGACCACUGAUCUAGAUACAGCUGUAGCUAAAUAAUGAACUUCAUUAAUUAAACGCAUUUCAUACAGUAUGUGUAGUAGCUCAAAGUGCUUUACAAAGAAAUAACCUUUUAAAA